ACAAGCCCCUGUGGUAUUUCACUGGAGGGUACCAGCGCGUCACAUUCCAUAGCGGCCUGUGAGCAAAUGGGGAUGGCCAGCUCUCCUGGCCAGCUUUUGGACCACAGCACUCCAUCUUCGUCUGUUGGCUAUUCUGAAUCAUCUGGAACCUGCUCUGGUCGUUCAACACCUGCUUCCGCCAAGCUCUCAAGGAGGCCCAGGGACGUCAUAAAACGCCUACAAGCAAAGGUUUCCAGUUACAGAAAGACAAUAUCAAGACUGCGCAAGCAACAUAAGCAAAUGCCUCAAACAGCUGCCGAAGCACUUGAAAUGGUGCGUCCGUUUGUGACAGACGAGGUUUUCGGACUUAUCUCGUCACAUGUAAAAUUAGGGCGCAAGGGACGAGGAAAACGGUUUCCACUGUGGCUCAAGAAGUUUGCUUUGCAUCUGAACUUUCAUGGCCCACAGGCAUACCGUUUUCUAUCGUUACAUUUAACGCUUCCCACUCAGCGUUCACUGCGUAGGUGGCUGUCGAACGUAAAAAUGACUCCUGGUAUUAUACCUGGUGUCAUGUCCUCCAUCGAAUCUCAAACGCGGUCUUGGAAUGCACGUGAUCGUGUCUGCACCUUGAUUUUUGAUGAGAUUGUUUUGAAGAAGAACUUGACAUACGACCCUGCACACGACAUUAUCCAUGGAUUUACAGAUGACGGUGUUGAACGAACCUCGACCAUUGCAGAUAGAGCCCUGGUUGUUGUGCUCUCUGGAAUUUCCAGGAGGUGGGUUCAGCCCCUCGCAUACACUGUUGGGCACACUUCAACACCGUCUUCUGUUAUCCGGAGCCUCCUGAUUUCUCUCAUUCCAGAGCUUAAGACUGUUGACUUCACUGUGAAGGCCGUGGUCUGUGAUCAGGGGGCUUCAAACGUAAGCUUAGCCAACCAACUUGGUGUAUCUGCUGAUAAGCCAUUUUUUGAAGUCGACAACGAACGUGUUUACUUUAUCUUUGAUGUUCCGCACCUCAUCAAAACAACAAGAAACAAUCUCCAAGCCCACAAACUUUGCAUUGGGGAUGAGGUCAUUGAAUGGUCCCAUAUUGUUGAACUUUAUCGUUCUACUCAUGAGAUGAGGUUGCGAUUGGCUCCAAAACUUACUGAGAGGCACAUUUUUCAAAAACCUUUGAGUAACAUGAAAGUAAAGCGUGCCACACAGGUCCUGAGUGCCUCAGUCUGUCUUGCCAUUCUAUCCCUUGUUUAUGCCAAGGAGCUUCCUGAGGCAGCCAUGGCUACAGCCUAUUUUUGUGAUAGAAUGGACAGACUUUUUGAUUGUUUAAAUAGCUCGCAAUUCAAGAAGACGGCGCAGAAGUUGCGUCAUGCAAUUUUGAAAGGAGAAUCUGAGAUACUCGAUUUCCUUCACCAACAACUCGCAUGGAUUUCAACAUGGAAGUUCCAAAGUAGGAGGCGGCCACAAACCACCAUAGGGUGGCAAGUUACAAUAAGGAGUGUCCUCAUGCUCUGGGAUGAGCUUUCAAACAGCUAUGACUUUAAAUUCUUACUUACUCGACGCCUGCAGCAAGACCCACUGGAGAACAUUUUUGGGGCAAUAAGACAAAUGCUGGGCUGCAAUACAAACCCAAAUGUGAAUCAGUUCACCUCGGGACUGAAACACAUCGGGAUAAAAAAAACUGUUCAGACUCUCUAACAAUGGAAAUGUAGAGGAUGAAAAGGCUGACCUCCUCAAGGAGUUGCCAAUAUUUUCGCACCAUGAAAGUUCCAUUGCAGACAAUGUGGAAUGUUUUCCAGUUGAUAACUUCCCGCCACUAGAAGAUAUUUCUGAGCUGGCAUCAGACAUCAGGUCUAAUAUAAUUGACGACUCGUGCACUUACUACGUUGGAGGCUAUUUGAUCAAACUUUUCCUUGAACAGACAACCCGCAGCUGUGGCUGUUCUAAGCUGCUAAAGGAUGAGUCUGACAACUUGACCAGGCCUCACCAGUAUUUUCUUAUGCUUAAAGCAUACCACGUGCCUGGGAAACUCUUCGGAAACCUAGUAGUACCAUCACAGGCUGCCUUUAACUUUAUUCAGAAACUAGAAAAUCACUUUCUUGCCGUAAUAGAGAGUGUAGCGCAUGUUCGAGGAGUGUGUGCUGCCUUGUAUCACACACUCUCAGAGCUGGGUGGUUUCAGCCUUUGCUCAGAGGAGUGUCACAAAAGGUUUUUAAAAAUGUUUUGCCGAAUACGCCUGUGUUGGCAUGUUCGGUUCCUUAACCGGAACUUGGACAAAGUUCGGUUACACUCUUCGGUUGCUAGUAAGCAACUUGAUAAGUUUAACUGUUAAUAGCUUAAUAGCGUAUUAACAGAGGCGGUUGCCAAA